CGCACAGCAACCAGAACGCUCCCAGAGGGAAGGGGAACACAUCACGGCCACAGAUCGCAAUUUAGCUGUAGUGUGGCGAAUCUGAUCAGCAUAUUAGGAUGCCUCUUGGAGAGGAUGGAAAUGGAUGGAAAAAGAAGACAUCAGAUAUCAAAGAACAUUAUGACUUCAAAGAAGUGCUGGGAACGGGAGCUUUCUCAGAGGUGGUACUAGCAGAGGAGAAGAGGACUCAGAGGCUGGUGGCCAUCAAGUGCAUCCCCAAGAAAGCAUUGGAAGGCAAAGAGAACAACAUCGAAAAUGAGAUUGCUGUACUACACAGAAUCAAGCACCCCAACAUUGUUACGCUAGAGGACAUCUUUGAAAGUACUUCCCACCUCUAUCUUGUCAUGCAGCUGGUAUCUGGAGGCGAGUUGUUUGAUAGGAUUGUGGAGAAAGGUUUCUACACAGAGAGAGAUGCCAGCCAACUCAUCCACCAGAUCUUGGAUGCAGUCAAAUAUCUCCACGAUAUGGGAAUCGUUCACAGAGACUUGAAGCCAGAGAAUCUGCUGUAUUACAGUAUGGACGAAGACUCCAAAAUCAUGAUCAGUGACUUUGGUCUGUCAAAGAUUGAGGGAGCAGGCAGUGUCAUGUCCACAGCCUGCGGAACUCCUGGAUAUGUGGCUCCUGAGGUGCUCGCUCAGAAGCCAUACAGCAAAGCAGUGGACUGCUGGUCCAUAGGAGUUAUUUCUUAUAUUCUCUUAUGUGGAUAUCCUCCAUUUUAUGAUGAAAACGAUUCGAAGUUAUUCGAGCAGAUUCUGAAAGCAGAGUAUGAAUUUGACUCUCCGUAUUGGGAUGACAUCUCAGAUUCAGCCAAAGACUUCAUCUGUCACCUAAUGGAGAAAGAGUCAUUGAAGAGAUAUACAUGUGACCAGGCCCUCCAGCACCCAUGGAUCUGCGGAGACACAGCUCUGGACAAGAAUAUCCAUGAAUCUGUCAGCGCUCAAAUCAAGAAGAACUUUGCCAAAAGUAAAUGGAAGCAAGCAUUUAAUGCCACAGCGGUGGUGCGCCACAUGCGGAAGUUGCAGCUGGGUACUAGUCUCGAGGGACCGAGUCAGAUUACUCCCACCAGUCCCUGCCAUGGACAUUUGCUCCCAGAGGAAGAGGAGGAGGAGGAAGAGGAUCUGGGGAAUGGGGAGGAGGAGAGCUUGUCCCACUAUGAGGACGGCCGUCGCGGAAGCACCGAGGGCAGCACAGACCGGGACAGCCUGAGAAGCUGCACCUACUGCUGCAGGCCCGCUAGUCGCGUUUGA